CCACCUCUCUGUGCGUCGCGCGGAAGCCUUGAGACAGAUGAUCUAGUGACAACUGGCGACCCCACCGGCCUCUCGCUUCGUCAGGCUAGCUUUUUCUUUCCCCCCUUUCUUUUCUGUAUCUGACAAGGGGGGGAACAGGCGCCAAUAGAAGGGGGACCCCCCGCCAAAGGCAGUUGCAAUGUCGUCGAACCAGAGGCUCUACCCGUCGGGGCCCUCGCAGCCACCACCGCCCAAGUCGCCUGGCUUUGGGCCUUUCCGCCGCCCGACGACACCCCUCUUCAGCUCGACUUUUGGCUCCUCGUCUUCCUCUGCCGCCGCUGGCCGUACUGGUGAAGGAGGCAGAGGCGAGGGUGGCUCGUCGUCAUCGUCAUCGUCUUCGUCUGCGGCGCAAGCGGCUUCAAUUUCAAAGUCGCCGGUGCCCUCGAAGCCGCCGAAGCCGGCGGCACUGAGGGUCAAGAAGCCAAAGUCGCUCAGCAUAUCGCUGCUCACCGGUAACAACAACAACAACAACAACAGCAGCAAUAGCAGCAGUGACACCUCUGCGUCCAUUCUCGGCACCGAUGCCGGUGCAGCGACGAGCAGUACUAAUAGCAGCAGCAGCAGCAGCAGCUGGCUCGGUGAACGCAGCGUGAACCGAUUUGGAUACGGCCUCGGCAAGGUCACUUCGCCGUUGCAGUAUCGCACCGCGUCCUCGCAGCAGAGCAGGGAAGCGAGGCCCAGCCUGGAUCUCAGCCGGAAUCGGAGCACGCAGCUGUUCGACACGGCUGAGGGCAUCGAGGUCCUCGAGACAAGGGCCCGGUCCCGAUCAGCCCUGGGCUUCUAUGACUCUCAAAACACCGAAAACGAGAGCGAGAGAAGCAGCAGCAGCAGCAGCAGCAGCAGCGGGGGCGGCGGUGGAAUUGGUGGUGGCGGCAACGAGGACUUUUUGAGUAGCAAUGCUGAGGGCCGUCCACCUCCCUUUUCGCGAGGGCAUUUCCGCGGAGCAAUGACGAAGAAGCUCAAGGGCAGCGACGGCGCGCCGCAUGCACAGAGGCCAGGCGCGCCUCUCCCCACCGACCCCGUCUAUGUCAUUGGCAAGGAGCCUGCCGUGCUGAGCGCUUCAUCGCCACUCGUCCAGCACGACCGGCCAAGUGUGCCCGCUCGCCUGCCGGGCGCCGGCCAGGACGAUUUUCUGACCAAGGUCGAGCGGUACCGGCGAGACCCAGCGUCGGAAUUUCUAGGGCACGGCAGCAGCGGUAGCAGCAGCAGAGAAGACGCGCAGGGGCCGCCGCCGCCGCCGCCGCCGCCGCCGUCGUCGUCGUCGCACCCGCCGCACCCAACGAGUGGAAGCCCUUUUAGCCCUUCAUCAUCGGCCGCCUCACCGUUCCUCAACACAAUUUCCGCCACGGCCUCGUCUUCCAUCUCAGCUCGUGCUCCGCCCAAGCGACGGCCUCUGCCUCCACCACUGAGCGCCACGCCCUUCCAGGCCCACGCUGCAGGACCGAGGUCGGCACCGGGACCGGACCAGGGCCUGAUGCGCUCGGCCUGGGACACGAGGCCGCCUGCCUCGGCAACAUCGGCUGAGCAACCGUCCUCUCCACUGAGACAACAACAACAACAACAGCAACAGCAACAGUAUCAACAACAACACUCCCCGUUACUAUACGAGGUCAGGAACCGCUCGGCAUCCCAAAGCGUCCUUCGACGCCCUCCGUCCCUACUUGGCUCGCGACAGAGUCCCACUCUGGAAAAGGCCCAGUCUAGCCCGUUGGCCUCGCCCAACCAGGCUUUUACCUUCGUGCCGCCCCCUCAGCGACAAGUGAAGCGGGACAUGCUCGACGGCUCCUCGAGUGGCCAGGGGCUGACAGCCAACAGCAGCGGCAACUACAGCACUGGGGCAGGAGUCGCAGCGGGAGGAGGUGGAUCAGGAGGAGGCACAGGUGUUGGUGGUGGUGCGCUUCAGUCCCUCGGUCAGCAACUAGGGGGUAUGGGUGUCGCCGUUGGGAAACGAGGGUGGGGCUUCAUGAAGAACUGGAGCGCAGACCGGUCCUCGUCGAUUCCCUCUCCUACGUCAUUAACCGCCGGUGGUCGGAGGGUGCAUGGAGGUGGGAUGGCUAGCUUGGCACAGUGCAACGACGCCACCAAACUCUGGCUCUCGCUUCCCGAUGCACCCAGCUCACAGUCGAGGGCGUCAGGCGCGCAGCGCGCCAUGGAGCAGGGCAUAUCGGGCUCUGCCAGUGCUGGACCGAACAACCCUGGUGUGUUUGGCAUGCCACUCCGAGAGGCAGUGCUCAGAAGCCGACUGGGACGUGUGCCCACCAAAGACGGUCCGACUUCCUCUUCUUCUUCUUCUUCGAGAAGCUCAAUGUCCAGCGAGCAAAUCUCAGCUGAGCUCUCUGCCCUCGAUCUCGGCUCCGAAUUCAAGGUAGACCUGCCGGUCUUGUCGCCACUCGCCUCGCCCAGAUCUUCCACCGCUUCGUCGCUUCGGCAGUCACUGCACAUGCAGCGCAAGGCCGUGUCCAGGGAGGUGGCCCGGUCAAAGUACCUGCCCGCUGUCGUCGUGCGCUGCAUCGAGGCUGUGGAGAGAUGGGGCAUGGACGAAGAGGGCAUCUAUCGCCUGUCUGGACGCAGCUCCCACACGGCCAAGCUCCGCAUGAUCUUUGAUGGGCCCACCAUGGCGCCCGGUGCGAGCAGCAAUGCUGUGCCUGACCUCGAGCUCGCCGACGUUGGACCGGCCGACUUGGACCUCAACAGCGUCUGCAGCCUGCUCAAGUCGUACCUGCGAGACCUUCCCGAGAAUCUUUUACCGCCUGGGUUGGCUGAUGAGUUCAAUCGUGCUUCCAAGGACGUGAGCGGUUUGGCCCUCGUCGGCGACCCCAGCGCAUCGACUGAUCACAGUCGAGACAAAACCUUGCGCACGUCCCUCUCGGACGACGGCGAGCCUCUCCAUGUCAAAGUCGCAAGGGCAAUCGCACCCCUCAUGGACAGACUCCCGGCGGCCAACUGGUAUCUGCUCCGUGAGCUUGCGAUGCAUCUUUCUGAUCUGGUCCAGCCCGAUGUCGUGCAAAAGACGAGGAUGCCCUUGACGAAUCUCUGCCUGGUUCUGGCACCAACGCUGUCGUUGUCGGUCAUCAUGCUUCGAGCACUGGUCGAAUGUCGUGCAAUCCUCUUCAACACUAGCUGCCCUGGUCCAGACGAUGCGCUCGACGCCACAUUGCCCUUCGAAAGGGGACAGACCAGGCGGGCUUCGCGAAUCGCUCGAAAACCAUCACAGAGACCUUCUACGAGCCCUCUACUUGGCUCAAGUGCACGGAUUGUACCUGGACCAGAUGGUGACGACGACGGUGGAGACCCUUCGAAGAGAUUGAGCAUUGCCACGAUCACGGACCUGAACAAGCGCAAAUCAUCGAGCAGCGUCAUGACACUCCGACGGCCUCAGCACGGCUCGCCAACGAUCAAUGCGGCUGGCGUCUCGCACAACAACUCCGUGCGACCAGCAUCAGAAUUUGGUGGACUAGCCUUUGGCUCCGCUACAAAUAGCCCAGCGACAUCGUUCUCAUGGGACAGCGACCUCGAAGACGAGAGGGCGCCACCGAUUGCGUCCCGCUUCAUUCGCUCGAGGCAGAACUCCAUCAUUGGCCUCUCCCCCUCGUCCAACUCUCCCUCUGCUUCGAGAACGUUGGCGAGCGGAGGAAGCGGCGUGAUGAGCAAGCCACCGUCGCAGGCAUCACUGGCUUCCUCGUACCUGCGUCAUCACGACAGCGCCUUUCACGGUGCCAGCUCACCGAGGCUGCGCGAUUUCGACUCUGAUCGUGACUCCAUCAACAGUCGAGCUACGCUCGAAGACAGCUGGACGACGUCACUUGGUGCCAACACGGGCAGUGGCGCAGGCUCGAGCGGGAGCCAUGCGACGCCGAGCAUUGCAGCCUCGACGAGCGGUGAUUCAAUCCGGAGCAGGGCAGGCAGUGGCGGUGGCGUUGGGGCCUUGGACCGACCACGGCCGCCAACGUCUGGCUCAGGCAGGUUCUGGUCCAGUCGGGGAGACGGACUCAAGACCAGCGUGAGCGGUGGGAGCAGCGGCAGCGGCCAUCGGCUCAGGUCCAACAAUGCCAGUCAGAGCUCCCUAGCGGAAGAUCUCGUAAAACAGCCGCAGUCAGCCAAGCCAUUACCAUCGCAUCAACGAGCUGCUGAAAGUGGGGAGAGGCACGGUGACAGCACGGGCGACGGCGUCGACGACGCCCCCAUCCAGGUUGAUCAGGUCCGGACAAUGUGGGAAAAGGCAGCGCUCCGGUAACUGAAUGGAGACACAUGCGUAAAUUAUCUCUACAUCAACAAACAGUCCGGCCUUUUGCGGUAUUCAUUCUUUGCAUAGCUUCAUCAUAAC